AUGAGCUGUGAGUACCUCGAGUUCCGCUCCGUAUCCUCGCCUGCCCGCUUGUCACGAAUCUCACUAAUCUGGUUCGCUGCUUCCUUCGCUGCUGCCUCAUUUGCCAUCUACCCCCUGCGUCUCAUCCCGCACUCGCUCUCCCGAGCGUUAAUGAAUGGCAGAGCGAGGAGCCUCGUGGUGAGGCUGCGCGGGCUGCCGUUCAGCGCGACGGAGUCGGACAUUAAAUCCUUCUUCGAUGGGCUCGACAUCGCGCCCGACGGCAUCGUCCUGCAGCUUAACUACCAAGGUCGAGCGACGGGUCAGGCGUUCGUUCGCUUCGCGGACGCGGAGAAUGCGACCAAAGCCCUCGAGCGUAACAGGCAGCACAUCGGAUCGCGCUAUAUCGAGGUUUUCAAGGGGCAUGCAGCAGACAUGGAGGGGGCCUUGCGGAUGGCGGGCAGGGGCGGUGCUGCUGGUGCUGGUCCGGGGGCGGGGGCGCCUAAUAUGGGCAUGGCGGGCAUGGGCGGCAAUAUGGCGGCGGCAACAUCUGGGCUGCUUGCGGGUGGUGCUGCGGGGGCUGGGGUGCCAGGGAUGGCGGGCAACACGGACAUGCGCUACAGCGGCGUCAUCCGCAUGCGCGGCAUGCCCUAUAGCGCGACGUCGGCAGACAUAGCGGCGUUCUUCAAGGGCAUGCAGGUGGCGCACGACGGCAUCUUCCUCUGCUCGCACCCCGACGGCCGCGCCACCGGCGAGGCGUUUGUGGAGUUUGCGAAUGAGGAGACGGCGGCGAGGGCGCUGCAGCUGCACCGGGAACCAAUGGGCCAUCGGUACGUGGAGCUGUUCCGGAGCACCAAGGGGGAGAUGAUGGCGGCGGUGCAGCAGCGCAUGUACUCCAUGUUCCCGCCCGUCCCCGCCUUCAUGGGCCCCAUGCCUGGUAUGAUGGGCUUCGGAAUGCCAAGCCUGGGCGCAGCCAAUCUCGCCGCCAUGCACAUGGGCGCGGGCGGAAUGGGGGGCGCAGGCGGAAUGGGCGCAGGGGGGAUGGGGGGCGCAGGCAUGGGGGGACCAGGCGGCUCGGGGGGCGGGAUGGGCGCAGCGCAGGCAGCAGCAGCGGCGUCAGAGAACGUAUGCAUAAAGAUGCGCGGGCUACCGUUCAGUGCAGGGCAGGAGGACAUUCUGGCGUUUUUCGAGGGGUAUGAAGUGGUGGGGAACGGUGUGCACAUCAUGACGGGGCAUAACGACCGGCCCACAGGAGAGGCGUUUGUGGAGUUUGCCUCAUCGGAGGAGGCGGGGAGGGCUAUGGAGCGCCACCGGCAGCACAUGGGGAACCGAUACAUUGAGCUGUUCCGUGUCUCCAAGAGUGAGGCACUGGUGGCAGUGCAAGGGGGGUCACUGGCGGGGUUCAACAUGGCGGGGGCGUUGGAUCCCAACAUGCAGCUGCUGCUGCUGCAGCAACAGCACCUUUCAUUCCGUGUGCGCCUUUGUGCUUGCACGCACCCCUUCACCCUCCUUUCCCCCCUUGCCCCCUUCCCCAACCCUCCUGCCUGUCCACAGCAAUUGCAGGCAGCAGCAGCAGCAGGGUCGUUUGGCAUGGGGGGAUGGGGGGGCGGCAUGGGCAUGGGAGGGGGGGGCGGAGACUUCUAUGGCCGCCAGGGAGGGGGAGGAGGGGGCCAGGGCUAUGACCCCUCUCAGCAGGUAUGUUUCAUUACUCCCUCUGCCUGCUCUACACACUUCUACACGCUCUGCCUUAACCGCACUUCACCGUCUCUCUCUGUCUGCAUUUUAUACUUCUCUCCCUUGCGCCGCACACUGAGUAGUCGCUCGUUCUGCCCUGUCUGUGCUCCUACGCAUCUCACUCUCUUGUUUUGUCUGUCUGCCUUGUGCCGUGCUGUGAGCAGAACUAGAAGAGCCGCACAGCACACCUUUGACUGUGCCUCCUGCACAGUCUGA